CUUUCACCUACUUGUUGAUUCCUCUCCAUCGCUGGAAUUGCACAUUCGUUUUUCCUUCUAACGCUCAAAAAAAAAAAGUCGUGGCACCAUUUUACAACCGUUGCCUCGUGCAUUGAAGGAUCCUGGUCGGUCCUCUAUGAGAGCUACUGUAACGUUACUGCGACAGAACUUCCGAAAAAGAGAUGUCUGCAACCAUCUUGUCCGCUUUCUACGACAUCGAAAUGCUUUACAAGCAAGAUAUGAACAUGAACGCUGUGAAUCACAUCAAUAGCAUACUGGACAAGAAAGCGGUGGGGCCUCCAGUGACCACACACAGCUCCAAUAGUUCUUUCGCGCCUGGAUUUUUCCGUAGAAGCUCGACCACCAACAUGGAAGCAAUGACCAACAACAGCAACAAGUACUCUGCCAACUCCUACAGUAAUUUGAUGGAGAACGCAACGAGCAGCAGCACUGCCAUUAUGAACAAGGAGAACAAGUUCCGCGACCGGACAUACAGCGAGAAUGGGGACCGCAGCCAGCAGUUGCAGAUCGUGCAGCAGAAGCCAGGCUCUCAGAUCAACUCCACCCGCUACAAGACCGAACUCUGCAGACCCUUCGAGGAGAACGGAGCGUGCAAAUACGGAGAGAAAUGCCAGUUCGCGCACGGCUACCAUGAGCUGAGAAAUUUGUCUCGUCACCCUAAGUAUAAAACCGAGCCCUGUCGCACUUUCCACACUAUUGGCUUCUGCCCCUACGGUCCCCGCUGUCAUUUUAUCCACAACGCGGAUGAGCGCAGACCCGCUCCAAGCAACGCCAACGUGCAGGGGGAACCCAAAUCGGCUCGCGAGCUCUGCGGCUAUGGUCAAAACGGCGACGUGCCGCAGCAAGUUGGGUACAACCGGGACAGACCAAAGCUUCACCACAGCCUGAGUUUUUCAGGCUUUUCCAGCCACCACGGACUUGAGUCGCCACUACUCGAGAGCCCUACGUCGCGCACACCACCACCCCCCUCAAACUCCUCUUGCUCUCUCAACUAUUAUGAGGACGUACGGUCUCCCAACUCCAUGUCUUGUGUGAACAGUGCAUUCAGUUUUCCUGGACAUGACCUGAAAGCCUUACUUGCUCCCCUGGCCUUGCAUACGCAAAACGGCUAUGGCAACAACCAUUUCAAUGGUGCCUACUACGGGAACAUUCAAGCCAACAUGUGCCCCCCUUCUCCCCCUUACAACAUGAGCCACUUGCAGUCCCUGCGCCGCCUCAACGAUUCACCGGUGUUCGACUCCCCUCCUAGCCCGCCCGACUCCCUCUCAGACCGGGAGAGCUAUGCGAGCGGGUCCCUCAGCUCUUCUGGGAGUCUUAGCGGCUCUGAGUCUCCGAGUUUGGAUGCUGGGAAACGUUUGCCAAUCUUCAGCAGGCUGUCGAUUUCUGAUGACUAGACAUCCCAUGUUAUUUUCAAUGGAUCAAAUUUGUCCAUGACAUGGCAUUAGUUGUUUUUCCUUUUUGUAAUGAGGGUUGUAUAGAAGUAGAUAU